GUCCUUGCCUGGUCUCCGGUCCCUCGUGGGAAACGGUCCCCGGCGUCGGGGUCCACACCGUGAGGGAGCGGCAGAACCUAAAUUGGUAAUAAAUCAAUAAGAAACAAAUGUUUACAUUCACUCAGUGAAAAAAUAUCAUGUCUAAACUCAACAUAUAUCAGAGCCACACAUGGACAUCUCUCUCUCCUCCACCAAGAGCAGAAGAUGAAAAAAUCCCAGGGACAUGUGUCAUUCAAGGAUGUGUGUGUGGACUUUACCAAAGAAGAAUGGUAUCUCCUGGACCCUGCUCAGAAGAUAAUGUACAGAGAUGUAAUUCUGGAAAAUUACAGCAACCUUGUCUCAGUAGGGCACUGUGUUACUAAGCCAGAGGUGAUCUAUAAGAUAGAACAAGGGGAGGAACCCUGGAUACUGGAGAAGGGGUCCUCAGGCCAGAAUCACUCAGAAAAGAAAUGGAAAGAUGAUGACCUAUUAGAGAGCAGCCAGGAAAAUCAAGAUGAACACUUUUGGCAGCUCAUAGUCACCAACAACAAACCAGUAAGUGUAGAAGGUGGUGAUAAACUUAGGAAAACUUUGAAUCUGGACACAGACCAAAUGUCUUCAAGAAAUUGUCCCUUUAAAAUAUGUGAUACUUGUGAAAUGAGUUUGAAAAAUAUUUCAGAUUUAAUUAUUAGUAAAAAGAACUAUUCCAAAAAGAAGUCUGAUGAGUUUAAUGUAUGUGAAAAAUUAGUCCUUGAUAUUAGAUCUGAAAAAAUCCCUGUUGGAGAAAAACCUUGUAAAUACAACCAAAAAAGGAAUAUUCUCAGACAUCAUCAGGACCUCAUUCAACCAAUUUUUGACCAGCCUUUUAUUUAUAAUAAAAAUGGCCAAGGCUUCCAUGAGGAAGCCUCCUCUUUUACAAGUCAGAGAUGUCAGAUAGGGGAGACACUCUGUAAAUACACUGAAUGUGGAAGAACCUUCAUCGACAGCUUAAAGCUCAAUGUAUCCCAAAGAACUCAUUGGGAGAUGGAGCCAUACGAAUGCAGUAUUUGUGGGAAGCUCUUUUAUGUGGAUUUACAAGUUGGACAUCAGAGAGCUCCUUCAGAGGACAGUAAUUAUGAAUAUAAUGAAUUUGGGGAAAUCAUCUGUGACAGUUCAACUUUCAUCAUCCACCAGGGAGCUUACACAAGAAAAACUCCCCACGAGUAUAAAUUGAAUGACAAAGCUUGGGAAAAGUCAGCCCUCUUUAAACAUCAGAUAGUACACAUGGGUGGAAAACCCUAUCCAUGCCCUGAAAGUAGGAAUCAUUUCAGCAAGAAGCCACAUCUCCCUCAAUCUCGGAGAGCUCAUUUGGGAGAAAAAACCUUCGAGUGUGGUGAGUGUGGUAAAACAUUCUGGGAGAAGUCAAACCUCACUCAGCAUCAGAGAACACACACAGGUGAGAAACCCUACGAAUGUACUGAAUGUGGGAAAGCCUUCUGCCAGAAACCACACCUCACCAACCACCAGCGAACACAUACAGGAGAGAAACCCUACGAAUGUAAGCAGUGUGGAAAAACAUUCUGUGUGAAGUCAAACCUCACUGAGCAUCAGAGGACACACACAGGGGAGAAGCCCUAUGGAUGCAAUGCCUGUGGGAAGUCCUUCUGCCACAGGUCAGCCCUGACUGUCCAUCAGAGAACACACACAGGGGAGAAGCCCUUUAUAUGCAAUGAGUGUGGGAAAUCCUUUUGUGUGAAGUCCAACCUCAUUGUACAUCAAAGAACUCACACAGGGGAGAAACCUUACAAAUGUAAUGAAUGUGGAAAAAUGUUCUGUGAAAAAUCAGCUCUCACUAAACAUCAGAGAACUCACACAGGGGAGAAACCUUAUGAGUGUAAUGCAUGUGGCAAGACGUUCAGUCAGAGGUCAGUCCUCACUAAACAUCAGAGAAUUCACACAAGGCUGAAAGCUCUUUCAACAUCCUAAAUGGUCAGAAGCCGUCACAACACCUGUUAGGUUUGUUAUCCAUGUUUUAAAAAUGAGAUUAGGGAAUUUGACAGGAUGCUAUGUAUACACCAGAGGGGAACCAG